CUGCCUGGCAAACGGUAUAUUUCAAGAAAAAGUUUAAUUAACGAAAAUGUAUAAUGUACAUACAGGCCACGCCAAUAAAGUGUGCUAAAAAUUACUCUUGCUCAGCUCUUACUAUAUUUGUGUAAAUAUUGCAAUCUGCCUUUGUACUACCGUCACGAUCCUGCAUCCGAUGUCACAUUCGUCAUUCGAGGUUCAUUAGUUCGUAAAAAAAUUGAUAAUGCGCUGGAGUUGGAAGAAGUGAUGACUGCGGAUUCAUGCAUUGAAGGAGUAGGUUUUGGUGCAAGUGAAAAAAUCAUGGUAACUCGCCAUACGAAGCACAUGGGAAAAUUUAGCUCGGUUACAGUCUCAACCAUUGACGAGGAAGAAGAUGAAAUUGAAGCACGCGAAAUCGCAGAUAGUUAUGCAAACAAUGCCAAAAUUAUAGAGAAACAACUACAGCGGAAAGGUGGUAAAUUGACGGAUUUGUGUUUACGACAAAAAACAGAAGAACCGCCUUUAGCAAAGAAAGCGAGGGGAACAUUACUUGAUUUGUAAACCAUUUUAUGAAAAAUAAAUUUUUUGCAUUGGAAUGAUAAUAGAUUGUAAUAAAAUAA